AUGCCGCCCUCCGCCUCUUCCCCAGCACCUUCUUCCGACGAUAACACCUCGGCAAAGAACCGAGCAGCCUAUCUAAAAGCAACAUACACCAACUCCAACUCCUCCGACCCUUCGAUAUCGUCAGCCGAAGCCUUUGCACUUUCGACAUCCCUCUCCCUCCCCGAAUCCGGCACUACAGACCACAAAACGUUAUACCUACGCACCCUGCGUGAAGCAGUGUCUUCUCUACAAGACGAUGUAAACAGUGAGCUGACAGCGCGCAUGGAAAAAGAGGCUCACGAAGCGGCUGUCAUUGGGGAUGGUAAAAGGGGCGGGAAGAGCAUUACGGCUGCUGGCGUCGACGAGGCGGUCGAGGAGGAGAAUUAUGGGGAGGAGGUAGUAGAAGAUGAUGAGGAAUGA